GCAGUGGGCAGAGCACAACCUUGCCCCUAUCCAUGGAGUGGGUUGAGCACAUUUUGAUAUCUCAGGUGGGAAAGCAAACACCUUUGUUCCCUUUUCCCCUUUUGCCAGGGUCUAUCUAGCCCAAUGCUGCGCUGCCCAUCUCAGCGCCUCUUGGACCGGAUAGUGCGGCGCUACGCUGAAGUGCCAGAUGCCGGCAGCAUCUACAUGGACCACCUCACCGACCGGGACAAACUGCGCCUUCUGUACACGCUGUCAGUGAAUUCGCACCCCAUCUUGUUACAGAUCUUCCCUGACGUGGAGGGGUGGCCGUUCCCACGGUACUUGGGCGCCUGCGGGCGGCUGGUGGUCAGCGCCAGCACUCGGCCGCUGCGCGACUUCUUCGGUGCCGCCCCUGAGGUGGCCGCCGACCUGGCCCUGCAGCUCCUCGCCGUCCUCCGCUCCAUGGGCACCAACGACCUCAACUACUUCUUCUACUUCACCCAUGUGGACGCUGGCACCUUUGGCGUUUUCAGCAAUGGGCAUCUGUUCAUCCGGGAUGCCAGCAUGCUGGGCAUCAUCGACAAGGAGGAAGGGAGCCAGCUGACCGAUUACCAGCAGGAGUAUAAAGAUAUAUUUAGCUGUUUGACUGUGGACUGCCAGUCUGCAGUUGUGUCCUGUAACUCAAUCAGGGAGAAACAGAGUCUCGUCAUGGUGUGUCAAGAGCUUUUGCCUAAGCUCCUAAAAGGGAAAUUCCUUCAACCGGUGCAGGAGAAAAUAGACGACUUCCUCCAGCACUGUGCGGACGGCUUCACCGACGACCAGGGUGUUGAUGAUGCAGUUGCGAAGCUGGCAGAGCUCCUGAAACCGCUGCGAUCUUGCGAUUCUCGUUUUGCCUAUCGCUACCCUGACUGCAAAUACAGUGACAAAUACUGAGAGAAGCUCCUCGGGAAAGACCGGAGCAGCCUCAGAGCUUCACCAUCGCGGAGGGCGAAAAGGGCCUGGGGUAGCUGGGAAGAGCUGCAUCAGAACUGAGGCAUCCUGAUCGAGACAGAGGAGGAAGCAGAGCGCACGUGGGAUUUACUGCUCAUCUCCCAGAGACGCAUUUGUUACAUGGGGUGUUUGAUGUGACAUAAGGCUUAUGGAUUAUAAACAUCAUCAUGAGAGACAUGGGCUACAAGAUUUAUGAAUCUUCUUCGUGCAUUUUGGCCUUGGAAAAAUUUUCCAUGCCAUCCAUUAAAAAGAAACCCUCCGAAGGCAGCUGGCUCACUCACAACUAGCUAGAUAGAAGAGCUUUAUUACCGAGAACAUCUUUUUGAUAGAGAUGAUAGAUACAUAAUGUGAGAUGGAUGGAAGCAUUUAAGACUUUCCUUGUGGGGAUUUUUAAUAAUGCUCUAAAAAUCAUAUCUAAACUGAAUCAUUUGAUCAGUUCCUUACCAUCACCCACUACAGAUCACUUUUAUAAAAUAUUUAAAUUUUAUUACUUUUAUGACAUAUGGAACGGAAAGAAGCAAUCGACAGCAUUAAAAAGCUGAAAGAACCCAUGUCUCUUGAGACUUAAUUUCUCUAAUCCCCAAAUAUCAUUACUUUUCAUCUUCCACGGUUUUGACUGGCAGUAAUUGGAGUCUAAUAAAGGUUCUCAUUUCAAGACCAAAAAUCCCCAACUUUAAUAUCUGAUUGUCCAAUAGAUACGUUCACACUUUCCUCUCUAAAAAUAUGGAGACAACCGGUUUUGAACAGAAGUGGCCCUCAGAGCUAGAAGGAGGUGAAUUAUUUUGUGGAGGAAGGAAGGAGAAGGUAGGAGCAAAAAUGCAACUUUUUCACCCAGAAUUUGUGAGUCCCCACCCACCACGGUCACUGUGGGGAGUCAGAGGCCCCACCAGAGACCUUCCCUGCUGUCUAGGGGACUGCAAGACCUUGCCUGGGUUUGGGGCAUCUCUCCUGGGACUCAGGUGCCCGGGAGUCACCAAGCAAAUUUGACUGAGCUGAGGCAGGAACUAGAUUUUCAGGAUCCCUCUGGAAGUGUUUUAAUCACAGAAACAGUCCUCCUCUAGCCGUGGUUCAAAAAUUAUAUCAGUAACAAACAUAAAAGCAGGGAAAAAAAUGUGAAUUCAUUUGCAUUGCUAAUCUAUGUACAGAGUUACCAAGAGCAGAAACACAAGUCAGAAUUUUAUGUUGGCUAAUGCAAAGGGAGGCUGGAGAAGGGCUCCGUUCCCUUUGCGCAUGCAGAGCACCAUACCUGCAGGUUGAAGUAACGUAUUGUAGACACAUCAGGCAUCCAAAGGUACACACAGGUCUGACACUGAGAGAAUCUGACCCAAGACAUUUAUUUUGGUUUUCCAUUAUUCCUCCUGGCAUAAAAUAUCAAGUGCACCUUUCACCUCUCAAGAAGUGGAACCACUGAAAAUAAUUUGUAGGUAAAUUUAGCUCUAGGCCCAGAUGGUCUGACAGCAAAAAUGUUUAAAUAUACAAUAUAAGCUACUGUUGCAGCUCUCUUUCACGAUUUCAGUCUAUUUCUACAUCAUGGCUCUCUUCCAGUAAGAAAAACAUGUCCUUCGCCUAGAUCCAUAAGGCUGAUUAGCAGUCUGUUUUCAACAGUUUUUCUUGAAUUUGUCUUCAUCUUAGAUCUCUCAGUCUGUGAUUUUACCUAAUAACUGUACAUUAACUCCAGCCUCUUUCUGUCCAGGGAGUCCCUCUCUGGUGCAGAAGGCUGGCCACCCCUUGAAAAAAGGGGACCGGAAAAGCUCGUUGCUUUACCGUCAAUCUCCUUGUAGUUAGCAGUUACUUACUCCCUGCUCUGGGCUGUUAAUUGAUGGCUCCCAUUCAGCACUGGAAGGGAACAUUGCUUAUACAGUUGUAGCUAAAAAUGCACACCACAAAACGUCCAAAAAGCGCCAAGAUGAAGAGCUCUCCAGGCCCGCCCAUGCCCAAGCAGAGAUCAUUUGCAAACCGUGGGUCUGCGGAAACCUCUUCGCAGUUACUCAGUGACAGCCUGACACAGCCCGGCCUCUCAUUCAGCUCUUUCUGCUUUAGCAAUUACUGGACUCACGCUCAGAUGAGGACCAGCCCUUGCAAAGCUGCUCCAUGCUGGGUUCACCUCCUCUCCGAUGCAUAUUUGGGUUUUUUUUUGGCUUUUUUUGUCUUUAAUCGUGUAUGUUUUUUCCUUUGGAAAAGUAGCCGCUCAUUUACCAUGCUGAUCUGUGAAAAAUGUCUCAUGGGCAGUAGGGCAUCUCUCAGCAGCCCACUGAAAUGCAGAGAGGUGAGAAAGUUCAUCACCUUAGGGAAGGGCAAGAGGAAGCCCAUAUCGCUCCAGUCUAAUCUGGCAUCAGAUUAAAGAAUGCAGAGUUGUCGUAUGGGCUGUGGGAGGGCCCCGAUAACUCACGAUCCUAAAAUGCUGGGUAUAAGAAAUGAAAGAGCCACUGUCUUCCCCUGUUGCUGGACGCAGGCAGCAAAACCGCAACAGAAGUUUUGAAACACAUGGCACC